GAGCCUACAGGACGACCCAAGCAGCAAGAAGCAGCAAAAACAGCAAGCAGCUCACUCUCAGCUCGCUCCCUCACUAGCUACUAGUACUACAUAGCAGCAGCAAUGGCGCCCACCGUGAUGGCCUCGUCCGCCACCGCCGUCGCUCCGUUCCAGGGUCUCAAGUCCACCGCCACCCUCCCCGUCGCCCGCCGCUCCACCACCAGCCUCGCCAAAGUCAGCAACGGCGGCAGGAUCCGGUGCAUGCAGGUGUGGCCGGCGUACGGGAACAAGAAGUUCGAGACGCUGUCGUACCUGCCGCCGCUGACGGAGGAGCAGCUGCUGAAGCAGGUGGACUACCUGCUGCGCAACAACUGGGUGCCCUGCCUCGAGUUCAGCAAGGAAGGCUUCGUGUACCGCGAGAACUCCACCUCCCCGUGCUACUACGACGGCCGCUACUGGACCAUGUGGAAGCUGCCCAUGUUCGGCUGCACCGACGCGUCGCAGGUCUACAAGGAGCUGCAGGAGGCCAUCGCCUCCUACCCGGACGCCUACGUCCGGAUCCUCGGCUUCGACAACAUCAAGCAGACGCAGUGCGUCAGCUUCAUCGCCUACAAGCCCGCGGGCAGCGAGUGAUUAAACUGCUAGCUAGCUCCUGCGUGAGCUAAUGGCAUAUGGCUGCCUGCUGCUGCCUCUCAACCUGUUCGUUCGGUUUUGCAUCCUUGGGGUCACACACACACCUUGGUUUCUUUCUUCUUCUUUUUUUCACCUUUUGCUGCUGUUGGUUCCUUUGCUUCUAUAUAUGCUGCUGAUGUAUCCAUUGUUGGCAUCAUCCAUCUCGAUCGAUCUCUCCCCCUACAUAUACCUGCUAGAAAAAACUACUGCAACUAGCGUUGGGUGAGGAACAUAUAUGUGAAUGCAAGCUCCGGCUAUCAUGUAUGUGUAAUAUAUAUGGCAUUGGAGUUUGCUCUGGUUAUUCACAGAGCAAAGAAGUACUUAUUUACAUCCAUAUAACAUAUACUUUCCUUCCAUACAACAAUGGCUAGAAGCCAUCUUGUAAUUUUUGCUUAUUUGUUUACUUUCUUUCCCUU